AUGGGGCAGCCGCCUCAACAAGGAAUGGUGAAGUUAAGCUUUCGUGACCAGAUUCAAGGCAUGGGAGCUGGUGGCCUGGUGCGGGACAGCAUGGGCAAAUGGAUCGUUGGCUUUUAUGCUCACCGAAGUGGAGGUAAUGCGCUGGUGGCAGAGGCUCAUGGUCUGCUGCUGUGCUUGGAGCUAUUAUGGGUUCGUGGUCAUAGGAAUGCUGUAGUGGAGGUGGAUUGCGAGGACCGUUUGACAGCGUUGGAUGAUGAGGAAAGUUGCAGAUUUCUUCCUAUCUUGAACAUGAUCAAGAGCAUGCGAGCUAGGAGUUGGAAUAUUGUCUUGACCAGAAUCCGGAGGGAGUGUAAUGCUCUAGCGGAUUUCCUUGCGAAAUGGGGAGCAAGUGCUUCGUUAGUGGACAUUUGUAUUGUGGAAGAUCCUCCCUGGGAUGUAGAGACCCUUGUUAUGAGGGAUUUAGUUUUAGCUCCUUAG